AUGCACCACCUCAUCCUUGUUCCUGAGAUAGUUGCGGUCAUCGUAAAGUCCGGUAGCCCUUACAAGGGCUUUUUGUACACCUGUCUUCUGGUCAAUCGCGUCUUCUUUAAAGAAUCUGCCCGGCUCUUGUGGUAUGGAUGCGGUGGAGGAGUUUGGAAACCGAGCGAGCUAGGCCAUGCCCUAGCCGAUGUCGAACAUCUUGUCUCGGUGAGCCGAAAAGAUCCGCUGCGAGCGCAGAUGUAUGCAAACUUCAUCCGCAUCUUGCAGUUUGGCGAAUGGUUCGACGGCAGCGAGUACCGCAGCGAGUUUGAAUGGCACCAUGAGCUCUUGUCGCUACAAUUCCCGCAACUCCAGACAGUGAGGUUCUUUAAGGAUGAUAGCGCUAGGGGGUUGAUCACAGGGCAUGCUCUGGUUCACUAUGCCCAACCAAACGUGGUCGAGUUCCAUGUCGCAACGGGCAGCCAGCUUUCCGACGCUUUCUUAGACACUCUUCUCAGCAAAUGUCCAAGGCUAAUUUACUUAUGUCUGUACAACUGUGCAGACAAUAAGGUGACCGGAGAGGGCCUAGUACGAUUCUUGCAUAGGUCCAGGCAACUACAGGCUCUUCGUAUACGCCAUAUUUUUGACGACUUGUGGUCAGAACAUGUGUUUCGUAUCAUUGAGCAGCUUCCCAACUUGGAUGACGUUGGCCUCCCCUUGAUUGAAGAAUCUUGGCUUGAGGAGAUUACCGGAUUCCAGGCGCUCAAAUCUCUCCAUACAAGUGUCUCUAAUCGUGGGCUAGCACUGUUGGCCGCAUCCCUGCCAUAUCUACUAGAAGCCCAGCUCCAUUUCCAAUCUCUACAGCCCUCGCUUUCCGUGGUGGCAAGCUUCACGCGAUUAACGAACCUCGAAUUGAACUUCUCACCAGGUUCCAGCUUUGAAGCUCAGCACCUCCUUCUAAUUACUCGCUGCUGUUCAGAUUUGAGAUUUUGCCCCGAGUUGGAAGACUUAAUUCUCGGUCCAAUCACCAUUGAAUGGAGUGAGAUACAGGCCGACGCUGGAGGUGACGGCAGACAAACGGUGGUGUCCAAUGGUCUCUGGGGUUUGCAUUUUGUGUUGCACCAAGACCAGCAACCACUUCCAUUCGACGAGGAGUUGGUGCAGAACCAGGCACAAAGCGACAGUAUUCUUCAAAUAGCGGGAAACCUUGCAAGCCUAUUUCCUAGUUUGUCUGCAUUUAGCCUCGAGGGCGACGGCGAGCGGGAAGGGGAGUGGCAGCUCUGGAAGGAAGUGACGAAGCGUUACUUGGCCAAGGCCAAGAGUCUCGAGAUCACUGUUCCAGGUAUCAUAGAGAUGUUGUCUGGCCGUGUCAACUUGGCUUCGGUUCAGUGUUCGCCCUGUUAG